AUGGCCGGAGGAUUGAAGCCAUCGAACAAUUGGAAGAAGGGAGUUCCAGUUAGAUCGCUGAAGGCAUCAAAUGCCUCAGUUGCCCAGACUCUUCCAAAGGCCAAUGCCAGGAUCAGUCACUCGAUUGCUGCAUUCACAAGGCUUCUCCUGGGAUUUACGAAGGAAAACCCAGUGUAUCCAAUGAAACCGAAUCACGAAGAGCUUGGCCAAUUACGUGCACCUAAACAAUCCAACUUACUAUCAGAUCACCAAGUGUUUCAAUCACAAACGGUUCCAACUGACGGCACGGCGGAAGAUCUUGCCAAAUUUAAAGAACUUUUUCUUCUUGAUUUGAGUAAUCACGGGGUUCUGCGAUUUACAUUCAAUUGGGACGACUUAGAUAGCAGCCUCUGGAAUCGUACAAUGGCCCUCUUUAUAGUGAAACAUUGGCUCUACGCAAAAAGUCAAGGCGCCUUCAAAAGAAAAGGUAUCGAUCCCACCUAUGCCACUGUACCUAUUUGCAUUGGGCUAGUGCUCCGAUGGAUGCGAGGGCGUUCUCAAGAGAUCCGUAUUGGUCGCCGCAGGCCUGAAAAAUUAUUACUCAGAGAACGAGAGCGAAAAAAGAGACAGUUAUUUACUUAUCGAAAAGAGACAGUGGAUCGUCAUCUAUGUCCAGAAGCUUCAGAUCUUCUUCCGAGCUCUGAUUGUUGUUCCGACACUGAAUGGGAACCCGAUGCAAUCCAACAUCCUACUAAAGGAUUGGUGUGGCGCAGCGUACAAUACACAAGCCUUCUACAUCAAAUCAAUCGUGUUUCUUUCAAAUACAAGUUGGAGACAAGUACCCUUCUUUUGGCAAGUCAAAGAUUUGAUCAAUGCCGACUUGAAGCAGCAUUGGUCAAUCCCGCCGCUGCUGUGUGUCGUGGUUUGCCAUCAAACUGUUAUGAUCCUCUCUUUAUCUCUGCCUUGACUGAUGAACAGAGAGACUCAUUGGAUAUGAAGGCUCCAUCAUCACUUUUGGCUUCUCUACCAUCAGUAAUCAAUGAGUUACUUGAAUGA